AUGUUGGACAUUGUACAAAUAGUUGAGGCAUUUUCAAUAAUCUAUCUAUCUAUCUAUCUAUCUAUCUAUCUAUCUAUCUAUCUAUCUAUCCCAGUCUGUUCCGAUCUAUCUAUCUAUCUAUCUAUCUAUCUAUCUAUCCCAGUCUGUUCCGAUCUAUCUAUCUAUCUAUCUAUCUAUCUAUCUAUCUAUCUGAUCCUAGCAUUUUUAUUCUUACUGUUUGGUUUCCAUUACAAGUCCUCUUCUCACUCACGAAGCUCAUCAGAAGGAAAAUAUCCUAGCAUCUAUCUAUUAAAUACGGUAAAGUUCUUUCUUUUGAUUUCUGUUUAUUCUUUCUUUCUUUCUUUCUUUCUUUCUUUUGAUUUCUGUUUAUUCUUUCUUUCUUUCUUUCUUUCUUUCUUUCUUUUGAUUUCUGUUUAUUCUUUCUUUCUUUCUUUCUUUCUUUCUUUCUUUCUGUUUAUUCUUUCUUUCUUUCUUUCUUUUGAUUUCUUUUUAUUCUUUCUUUCUUUCUUUCUUUUGAUUUCUGUUUAUUCUUUCUUUCUUUCUUUCUUUUGA